AUGGUUACCAGUCUUGCUCCUUUUUCUCCUCGAGCCCAUUCGGGCGCAGGAAGUACAAGCAAUAUUUGGACAAGAAAAUGUGAUAAAAUGCAGUUCCAAGCUCCGGUUAGAAUUGCGAAAAUCGGCAACCAGCUGUGGACACAGAAAUACGAUCGAAACAGCCGUUUCUUCUGGAAGCACCGAGAAGGUACAGCAGUUUGCCAAGUUGGCAACUUGACGUCUCCGAGCCCUCUCAAAGUGCGACUGACCCGGCCCGACUGUCGAUGCUUCUUGUGGAAGCGGCGUGAUUGCUUCUUUCAGAAAUUCACAACCGCCAAUCCAGUCAACAGUUGCCAAGACGCGAAAUUGUGCGCAUCCUAUUCGAAUGACGUGGGCCGACUGGAGGUGAAGCACACAAACGACCUUCGUCUGGCCCUGUCUGUCUUGCCGGCUGGCCAGCAACUGGAUUGCCGAGGGGCGAGGUCGUGCGAGUCGGUUCUGCUGGACUCAGUUGCCAGGUGCAUUGGGUAUUGGGUAGCGGAUACCGGAUACCGAGUGGCGUGUGGCGUGUGGCGUGUGGCGUGCGGCGUGCGGCGAAGGGGUCAAAAGGGACGGAGGAUGGGGUCGCGAAUGCGGGUCAGUCGGACGCCUGGCGACUGCGGUCGAGGCGAGUGA